AUUAACCUAUCGCUAUCCCCUCGCUUGCUCUUUUGCUCCUCUUCCUCUCCAUCCCCCUCUGCACUCCUUUCCUUCGCGGCCGGAGCUGCCACGGCGCACCCACCCGCCACUCCCCCUCUCGGCCGGCGGGCUACUCGUUUCCCACCGUGGCCUCUCCCAUCUCCGUAGCACGUUCAUUCCGGUGCCGUGACCGGUUCUGGGGACAUGAUUCUAAAUGGAUGCACAGGAAUCUGGGGAAGUAUGGCGAUGAAACCUGGGCACUGCAGGGCAUCAAACAACUCUUCUUUUACAUACUCUGCUUGCCAGCCCUUGUUUGCUACUUCUUCAAAAGUAAAAAUCUCAUGUCGAGCUUCUCAAGACUUUGGAGUCUUGCCCUUCAGAGGGUGGGCCACUGCGCACCUAUCAAGCAUGUCAGCCUCCCUGCUGAGAGGAGAUCAUGGCAGCCUUGCAGAUAUGAUGCCAGUUUUGCCGAAACGCCAUGCUGCAUGGCCUAGAAGUCGGAUGGUUCCUAGAGCAUCGAAAGAUGUCCCUUACAGCUUCCGCUAUCCUCCAAUGACCAAGAAGCCAAGGUGGUGGUGGAGGACGUUGGCCUGCAUCCCCUACCUAAUGCCUCUGCAUGAGACAUGGAUGUAUGCUGAAACUGCAUAUCAUCUUCACCCUUUCUUGGAGGACUUUGAGUACCUCACCUACCCCUUCCUUGGGUUCAUCGGGAGUCUGCCCAGCUGGUUCUUGAUGGCUUAUUUCUUUGUGGCGUACCUUGGGGUGGUGAGGAGGAAGGAAUGGCCACACUUCUUCCGCUUCCAUGUUGUGAUGGGGAUGCUGCUUGAGAUUGCCCUCCAGGUCAUUGGGACUGUUAGCCGUUGGAUGCCUCUUGCUAUGUACUGGGGUAAGAUUGGGAUGCAUUUCUGGACUGCUGUGGCAUUUGCUUACCUGUUCACUGUGCUUGAAUGCAUGAGGUGUGCACUUGGAGGCAUGUAUGCAGACAUCCCAUUUGUCUGUGAUGCAGCAUAUAUUCAAAUUCCAUAUGAUUAAGAAGUGUUGUAUCUUGUAUUCUUGAUACCAUAGGAUUGUUUCUUCUUGAUAGUCUUGGUGGACGGAACUGGAAUUUAUGGUUUUGUUCGUUGCAGCUUUGAUAUGAAGGCAGGAAUCUUCUUUGUUUGUUGAUUC